AUGUCGCUCGUCGCAGCCCUCGAGGGCCAUCACGGCACCCUCGGCCUCUAUGCCGCAGUACAGCGCCUCUUCUGCGCCUUUGGCUGCUUCGCUCUCCCCGGCUCCCUCCUCCUCGAUGCACCUUUCGGCCGCUUCGGCACCUGGUCCAACGCCCUCACCGUCAACGGCGACCUCGGCUGGCUCGUCAUGGAGGCCUUUGCGCCCCUCACCUUCCUCUGCGCCCUCGCCCUCCCUCUCACCACCACUCCACUCUCGCGCCACACCCUCCUCGCCUGCGCCUCGCCCUCGACCAUCGUGCGCGCCUUCCUCGCCCUCGACCGGCCCCGCCAGCUCCUCGCCACCCUCUUCCUCGUCCACUACUCGAACCGGUCCGUCAUCGGCACCCUGCGCAACCCCGGCCGCGCCCCGAUGCACCUCGUCAUCCCCGUCCUCUCGGCCCUGUUCAACUUCGCCAACGGUGGCACCCUCGGCGCGUGGCUCUCGGCCGGCGGUCGCACGGCCGGCCUCGGCCUCAAGGCCCACUCGCCGUCGUCUCGCGCCCUGUUUGCCCUCGGCGUCGGCCUGUGGGCAGCAGGGUUCGCCGGCAACAUCUUCCACGACGAGCACCUGUACGCCCUCAAGCGCGCCAAGCAGCGCUCGCUCGCAAAGGGCAAGGCGAAAGCCUCGUCGUCGUCGUCCGGCUCGGGCUCGGGUUCGAGCGCGGCGCAGGGCGACAACAAGCCGCCGGCGCACGAGCGUUACUCGAUCCCGACUCGAGGCCUGUACGCCCUCGUGUCGCACCCGUCGUACCUGUGCGAGUGGGUCGAGUGGUCCGGGUUCGCCCUCGCAGCUCUCCAGCUCGCGCCGGCGCCCUUUCCCUCGUCGACCUCGGCAGCAGCCGCAGCGCGAGGCGUGCUGCAGCCCCUCGCGCAGUGGUACCUCCAGCCGCCGGUCCUGUUCGUCCUGCAGGAGGUGGCGGCCAUGCUGCCCCGGGCGAGGAGCGGCCACGCGUGGUACAAGCGCACGUUCGGCGCCGAGUGGGAGCGCAAGGGCGCGAGGUGGGCUGUCAUCCCGGGCGUCUACUGA